GGCAACAUAGCUUCAAAUACGAUGCUAUAGGUCCUCCUCCUGCUUUAGGCUAGAGCUGUGCCCCCAUGAAGGCAUGAGGGGAUCCCCCAUCUCCAUGGAGGUCCUGAGUGCCCAUCACCCUGCCCCGAGCCUUCUGCCAGGGAGACGCUGAGGCUCAGCUCUGCUCCGCUCUGCAGACACUGAGCGCGUGGGGAGCAGCCGCAGCGCCUCCCAGCUUUGCACCUCCAAAGAGUGAGUGCAGGAUCUGGCCCUGCACCCACCACCGAAGUCACUUGGCCACCUGCAAACCGCUCAGCCCUCCCCAGCCCGGCGCAGGGAGCUCCCAGCCGCUCUCGUGCAUGUCCUUUAAAGGCCUUCUCCCAUCCAGCUCUUCCCUGGCAGCUCCUUCUGCUGCAGAUACGGUCGCUCUUCCCUCCCGGGAAACUGCUGCCAGCAGCUUGCUCCGCGUGGGGCCCUGGCACCCCUCGACCAUCCGUCUGCCGGCUCCAUCGCAUCCCUGAGCUCUGCUGGGGACCUGACAGCACCGAGUGCCAGGUCCGAGCUGGGAGGCACCAACAUCUUCCUUUGGCUGCUUGAGACAAGUUCAGGCAGAUGCCUCCACACUAAGCAGAGGAGCUCGGAGCUCCCGCUGGGUGAGAAAAUGCUUUAAAAAUGUGACAUUCAGAGGCGUUCGCCCAUCUGUGCGCAGCUAAUACGCGUCUCUCAGGAGAGGUGUUGCUGGUCCUGGAGCCUCUGCGCUUUCCAAAUGAAGCCGCUCGCAGGGACCUCGUUGGCAGAGGGGGAAGAGGAGGCGCAGGGACUCACCCAGGGGUGCCGGCGGCGGCAGCGGCGGAAGGCGAACUGCCGACCCAGCCCUUUGCCUCGGAGGGAGCAGCGAGCAGAGCUGGCAGAGCUCCCCGCGUCUCCGGAUGAAGGUAAGGGCAGCCCAGGGUUGGGAUGGGGGGGGGGGGGAAAGGGAUGGCUUUUGCACCCUCCUUCCCUGAGCAGCAUUGCACAAGCGCAGCAGGACGUGUCCCCUGGCCUGGCAGCACCUGCCUGCAAACACCCCCAGCUCCUUCCAGCCCCGGGACUCCAAUCGUGGCCCCUGGAUCUGCCUCACCAGCUCUAACCCACCUGCUACACCAGACCCCUCGCCCUCCUCCCCCUGCCCUGGCCCAGCUUGGCUGCUGGUCUGUUUUCUCACAGGGGUAUUUUGGGGGGCAGCUGGCAGCCUGAGCCCCCUGCAGAAAUGCCAGCUGUGUUUUUGGGGGUGUCCCUUGAAGCGGUGUCAGCCUGGGGAGAGGAGGAUGCUGCUGCCCUGUUCCCAACACCUUUUCUGUCCUCAGGCAGGAUGAGUGGUCUCCAGGAGCACCCAGACAGGGUUUUGCCUGGGAGCAAGCAGAGUGUGGAGCCCGUCGGCGAGGUGCCGGGCACGGACAGGCAGGAGCUGGCUGUGCCCACCAGGGACAGUGAUGGGACCGAGGAAGAUGCGGAAACCCCAGAGGAGCCGCUGCUGAGUUUUCCCAGUGAGCUCUCGGUGCUGGAGAGACUGGACUUGCAUAGGGUGGCUUUGACGGAGCAGGACGUGGAGGCAGCUUUUGCGCACCUCGCCUUGGCUUUUCGCUGCGAUGUAUUCACGCUGCAGCAACGGGUGCAGGUGGAGAAAUGCGCACGGGAUGCAGCGGAGGAAAACAUCCAGGAGGAGCUGGGGCAGUGCCAGGCUGCCCUGGAGAGGUUGGGCUCCUCCUGCAGCGAUGCGGGCUGCAAGGAGACGCUGGAGCAGCUGCAGCACAGUCUGGCUGUGCUGGCGGCUGCCGUCGAGCGGGCAACCAGCGCCGCGGAGAAGCUGGGGGCUGUCCAUCAGGAGGCGCGGAUGAGCCGAGCAGCGGAGGUGAUGGUCCAGCACGUGGAGAACCUGAAGCGGCACCACAUGCGGGAGCACGCGGAGCUGGAGGAGAUGAAACGCCUGAUCCAGCAAAACUCCCGCAACCGGCAGCUGGCGGAGACACAGGAUGAUGUGGAGCCACGACUGAGACCUCACCCCUUGAUGAGAACCUUCCAGCAGGGGUCUGCGCGCCGCAGGGUCAGCAUCGCCGUCAUCCCUAAGCAGCUCUUGCCAGGAGCCAGCCUGGACAGCCGAACAACCCCAGCUGCUGAGACGGAGACGGAGGGCACCCAGCGCCGGCCCAGCACCCACAGGAAUGAGCUGGAGCUGCGAAGCCGGAGCAGUGCCGUGACAGCGGAGGUGGCGGCCGAGGUGGACAGCAGAGGCUCAAGUGCAGGGGAUGAGGAACCCGAGCAGCUUGGGCUGACGUCCAAGGGGUCCUCAGCGGAGCUGUGGCGGCCGUGGCUCUUCCUCCCACAGCACUACUGGCUUCUCUUCUGGCUGCUUCUCCUGAGCAUCGCCUUCCUCCUCCUCAUCCGCGUCCUGGAGCUGCAGCGGCUGCAGCCUGCGGCAUCACCCAAGGCAUAGCUGGGGAGGCAGCUGGGAGCCACCCGCUCUCCAUCGCUGCUCCUUCCCUGCUCCGUAGAACACCAAACCCCGAGAAUAAUAAAAUCGGAGGAAAACCAGGGGAAAUUUAGUGCUGGAGCAAGAUCCUGUGCUAGGAUCUGCGCUUUGGUUGGAGCCCUUCAUGCCUGUAAGGGCUCGGAGAGCUGCAGCCGCCCUCAUUGAUGCCAUGAGUUUGCUUGUUCUCUUGGCACACUGAGGGGUGUGAGGAUUGUUGGGAAUACAGACUGGGCUGCUGGUGGGUUUGCACUGGAUCUGUGUCCCACUGCGCCGCCCGCGCCCCCUCCACCGCGGCACAACCUCCCUCUGUGCACCAGGGGAGCAGUAAUUAAGAUCCAAUGCUCGUUUGCUGCUUCCCAGGGGGACAAAGUCGAGGCUGGAAGAAGCAGAGCAGCUUUCAGACUUUUCCAUGGCACCAUAAAGAACUUGCAAACAGAGGGAGCUGUUUCCAACUGGGAAAAUCACUCGGUUUGACGCAGACGCCCCGUUUCCGUGUCCGCCUCUCGCAGCCCCAAAACAUGGGUGGGCUCCGCUGUACCCACACUCAGCAGCUUUGCAGGAGGAUGGAGGUUGGAAACACCGCAUAGGAGCUGUAAAGAGGGUUUUUUUGGGGGGGAGGUCAGCACCAGGACCCCUGUGGGAAGGAAGGAUGGAGGUGCUGGGCUGGCCAGCCCCGCUCACCGCAGCCACCGGCCGUGCCACGGGUGAUUCACCGUUGGCCGAUGUAACCCACACCCCGUGUCCCUGAGUCACCUUCGCCAGCCUCGUGGCAGGUUGUCACCAUGCAUCACCGGCCCCGGGGAGCCCCUUCGCUGUGACAUCCUCCCCAGCAGCGCCCCGAGGAUGCCGACACCAGAGAACCCCAAAAAAGUACCCAGCGUGGAGUGAUCUUCGGUGACCCCAACGGCUCCAUCCUCUGCCCCAAGGUACCUCCAUCCCACUGGGGCCAUUCCUGCUCAGAGGAUCCAAGUGGAAACAUCAUCCCAAAAGGUUCCGUGAGGGCUGUGGUGGUCUGGGACACUGGUUGGGGUUUGGAGGUGGCACUGAGCGAGUCCCCCCCUGGUCGUACCUCCCUCCUGUUCUCUAUGUCUGGCUGUAAGGGGGGAAGUACAGGCGGAAAGUGGAGCGGUUUUGUUUCAUCACCGGAAUCUUAUGGUUUGCUUUGCAAAAACACCACUUUCUCACCCUAAAAUUAACCCCCACCCAACUGGGGUCGCGCUGAGCA